AUGAAUAUUCAAAAUUACUCAACCAAAGAUGACAAAAAGAAAACCUUGUUAAAACCACGAAUACGAGCCUCUAGUAAGGAAGCGACAUAAUAGCUUACUUAACCAAGAAUUGCAGUUUAAAAUCCUACUGUUUAUAGAAAUACAACUGCUGAUAAACAUAGAAAACACUCGAUUGAUAAUAAAAAGUAAGUUAAGCCUAAAAAGAAGAAAAAGACUUAAAAGAAAAUUUAGUGUAUUGAUAAAUAUUAAUAAUUAUAGAGUUGGAUAAUGAAGAAGAGUAAAGAUUAUUAGAAGAAGAAUAGAAGAGGCUUAAAGAUUUAGAAGAGUUUCAAAGAUAAUAAUGGGAAAAAAUGAGUAAAGAAGAACAAGAUAGAUUAAGAAGUGAAGAAAAUGAUAGAGUUUAAAUAGAAAUCAUAUGGGAUAAAGAAAUACAUGAACAUAAAAAAAAAUGUCUAGAAUUUGAUGAAUGGAAUAAUUAUAUUUCAUGUAAUACCUAAAUAGAUCCAAGAAUAGAAAAAGAUUUAAAUACAUUUAUUUAUCAAUUAUCUAGCAAUAACAAUGAUAUUUAAUUAAAUUACAAAUAGAUAGAAUACAUUUCUAAAAUCAUUUUCAUUAUUUAAAUAGCUCAUUAAGAAGAUCUAAGCUAAUCAAUAUUUGUUAAACAAGAUCAUUAUUUUAGAUACAUUGAAAAGCUAAAAUUAAUUUAGAGCGAGAAAAUUUAUGAAAUCAUAAAACACUUUUAUACAAAUUAUGAAGAUUAUUUGGAUGAAUUAAAUCACAUCUGUAUUAAUAUAUACCCUAUAUAAAGUGAAACAUUAAUACUUUUUGUUAGAAUUUAACUAAGAAACAUAAUAGAGGAUAUUAUAAAAAAUAGCCUAAAAGCCAGAGGAUAGACUAAAAUAUGAAAUAUUGAAAUAUUCAGAAUUUAGCAAUUCAUUUAAAGCUGCAUUUUGGUAUUGUCCAUUAUCAAAAAUUGGGUAUAGAAUAAAGCCUAUUGAUUUUUCUUAAAUAUCCAAUCUUUAAUUAGAAAUUCCAAGACAAUUAGCAGGAUCAAGCUUAAUUUAUUAUAUUACAUGGACAAAUUAUGAUCCUUUUAUAAAAUAUAAAUAAUAUACACAAUAUUUACCAAUAGGUGGUAUAUUUUAAAAUAUUUGUGUAAAUGUGCCAAAAUUAUCAAAGAAAAAAAAUGGCUGGAUUCUAAAGCCUACAUUUACUGAUUCAUAAUUAUAACCAUUAAAACUAGCUUAAGGAUUUUAGUCAUAUAGUUGCUACUUUUAAAUAUCAAAUCAAUACUAUUUAUAAGAUGCUACUAAAUUUUUUAUAGUAACUUUUUAAAAUGGAAAUUGGACUCAAGAAGGAAUAGAAGAUUUGAAAGUAAAUAUUGAAACUCGUUGUGUAUCAUUUUCUUUGAAAAAUUAAUAUCCUUUUAUGUUGUCCACAUUUAGAUUUGCUGAUUUUCCAUUUAAAACCUGGAAAAUAACUUCACUUUCUCCUGAUAAAGUGUAUAUAAAUAUCAUAAGUAAAUAUUAAUCUAAUUUAAAUAUAGCCUAAAGAAAUAUUAAUAUUGGAAUUGAAUUAGACAGCAAACAAUCCAAACUAAUAAAACCUGCAAGUCUAGCUGAAUAACAAUUCUAAUAACCGUUACCAAUUAUAGAAUUGCUAUUAAAAUUAAGGAAUAUUGGAAUUAAUUUGAUUGCUUAAGAAGAAGAUGCAAUUUGUUUAUAGACUGUAUUUAAAAGAUAAGAAGUUGAAAAUUAAGUUUUGUUAAAUUUAAUGUAAACAUUAAGAGGUAUAUUUAUCAAUACAUUUUAGUUUACUCUUUCAAAUAAUCUAAAUGGAAUUAAAAAUGUGGAUCAGAUUAAAUAAUUAUAUAAUUUGUGGAAAAUCCUAUUUUUGAUAAAGAUUUUGAAGGGGAUGAUGAAUUUUAAUGGAGAAAUUUAGAGUUUCAAUUAAAUAAAGUAGCUCUUUUGGAAUGUAAUGAUAAGAGUGAAAAAUUUACAACAAAAUGGUAUAAAAAUACAGUUAGUCAUGCAAAUUUAUUAAUCUUAAUUUAAUAACAUUAAAUAACUCCACCAGAAUUAUAGUUUUAUAUAGAAGAAAUUUAGAAUGUUGAAUUAAGAUCCAAUUUGAGAACUAUGAUGAAGGUUAUGAGAUUAUUAGCAAUUAAUUGA